AUGUCAUCUACUUUGCCAGUUAUUAUGUUUUUUCUGUUCAUUGAAAUGCAUUUUCAUGGGGCCACUGCCAACUACGGUGGUUGGCAGAAUGGUCAUGCCACUUUCUAUGGCGGCGGUAAUGCUGCCGCCACAAUGGGAGGUGCAUGUGGUUAUGGAAAUUUGUACAAUCAAGGAUAUGGAACUAACACUGCAGCACUAAGCACAGCUUUGUUCAAGAGUGGUUUGAGCUGUGGGGGAUGUUAUGAAAUGAAGUGUGUUGGUGAGUCAAGAUGGUGCAAGGCUAGCACCAUUGUUGUUACUGCCACAAACUUUUGUCCACCAAAUAGUAAUGGUGGUUGGUGUAAUCCUCCUCUGCAACACUUUGAUAUGGCAGAACCAGCAUUUCUUCAAAUUGCUCAAUAUAAAGCUGGAAUUGUGCCUAUAGCUUUUAGAAGAGUGUCAUGUAUAAAAAAGGGAGGAAUAAGAUUCACAAUCAAUGGCCACUCUUACUUCAACUUGGUUUUGAUCACCAACGUCGCGGGUGCAGGAGAUGUCCAUGCAGUGUCAAUCAAAGGGUCCAAAAUUAGGUGGCAACCAAUGUCAAGAAAUUGGGGCCAAAAUUGGCAGAGUAAUUCCUAUCUCAAUGGACAAAGUCUCUCUUUUAAAGUUACCACUGGUGACGGUAGAACUGUGACAAGCUAUAACGUGGCAUCAGCUAAUUGGCAAUUUGGUCAGACCUUUCAAGGGGGUCAGUUUUAG